UGUGCUUGCUGUGACCAUCCUCCUGUUCGAUGGAACCGUGCAGUGAUGUCCAACAGAGACGAGGUGUCUGUUGUUGUCAAGUGCUUGCGGCUUGGCGCCGCCGAGUACCUGGUGAAGCCGCUGCGCACGAAUGAGCUGCUGAACCUUUGGACCCAUGUGUGGCGGCGGAGACGGAUGCUUGGUUUGCCCGAGAAAAACUUCUUCAAUGACAACUUCGAGUUGGUGCUCUCAGAACCUAGCGAUGCCAAUACCAAUAGCACCACCCUCCUCUCAGACGAGACCGACGAUAGGCCUAAAGGAAACACGAAUCAAGAAACAGGCACCUCAAAGCAACUUGAAUACGAGUCUAAUCCUUCAGUUGCUGAGCCCGACCAGAGAGAAAAGAUGGAGGGUGUUCCAGGCUCUGCCCUAGAUGCCAGUAAAAAAUCCUCUCCGAGAAGAGCGUUUUCACGCCCUAUAAAAACUAACCUGAGGGUUGCCGAGUCGUCUGCAUUUCUAGCAUAUGUCAAGUCAAGCACCCCAGCCACCAGCUCAUUUGACAGCGAAUUACAAAGGGGUGGCAGCCGAUUAGAUUCCUUGGAUAACCAGGGUAAUUGCUCUAGCGCAACCGAUAGAAGUGACACCGGUACUGAUGUAAAUAUUCGGAACAAAGAAGCUUUUGAGAUGCCUGCGCAGUACCCUAUGGUAUGGUUUUCUUCCUCUAACAUGCAUAUGGAGCGAAGCAGCGAAGGCCAUAAUGAUACUUCAGGAACUCCACCUGCAUACCAUUUCCCAUUUUAUUAUCCAGGGAUGGUAGAGCACAACAUGGCACUUUCGUCGGCGCAAGAUUUUCAAGCAAACAUAAACAAUGCUCAAGCACAUACACCGCAAGAAGGCACAUUUAAGGUUUGCCAUUAUGCAGGGGAGGUGACAUAUGAUACAGCUGGGUUCCUGGAGAAGAACAGAGAUCCACUACACUCUGAAUCGAUCCAACUACUAUCAUCAUGUAAAUGUGAACUUCCAAAACAUUUUGCCUCUGUCAUGGUUGCUGAUUCUCAGAAUAAAUCAAGUCUGUCAUGGCAUUCAGUAAUGGAUACACAGAAACAAAGUGUUGUCACGAAAUUUAAGGUACUGAUUCAAAUCUUCCAUUCUUUCAUCUUCACAGUAAAUAUUGUCAAAAAUGGUUCUCUAGAUCUCUAUGCUUUUGGUCUAUAUAAGUUGUAUACAGUUUCUUGGUAGUUCUUUUGAUUCUUUGUUCAUAAUAAUACCUU